AUGCUUUUUCUCCCUUUUCCUUUCAAAGGAUAUUCUGAUUAGGAACAGGUUGCUUUCAAGAAAAGAACACGCAAUAUUAGCUUAAGGCUGAAACAAGAAGUUACCGAUUUUUGUUAUGUUAUUUUAUUGCCACACUAAGAAAAUUUGUAAAUUUUUAUUGAAAAUUUUAUCAAGCUAGAUUACUCGUAAUCCCCUGCGUUUGCGGAUUCAACAUCUUCGGCUACGAUGCCCCAUUGGUAGCGAUAAAUCAAGGUCAAGGCUGGAUAGUAAAUGGCCAUUUUAAAUUGAUACAUAAGAUUGAUUUGAAUCUCUUCAGUGAAGCAUUGGAGAAAUUCGAAACGGCUGCAAAGGGCAUGAGGAAUGAUGUCGCAAAAUCCUUUGCGGCAUACAACUUGAACCACAUUAGCCAACGCCUCGCCGAACUUCGGGCCACUAAACCCCGUAAAAUCCGGUCAAUCAAUUGGCUUGGAUCGGCCUGGAAAUGGGUUGCCGGCUCGCCUGACGCAACAGACUGGGACACAAUCCUCAGAAGUCAGAAUGAUGUAAUCGCAAACAGCAACCACCAAUUUAAAAUAAAUGAGGAACUCUUCAAUGCCACUCGGGAAUCUAUGAACCAGAUCAAUCAGAUGACACGUUACGUGAACACCAUUGGGAAAGAGGUUGGCACUACGGCUGCUGAAACCGUACUGCUUAACCGCAUACAGAUCCUCAAGGAAGAAAUAAGUGAGGUAGUACGCGCAUGUCAAAUGGCAAAGUCGGGCAUAGUCAACACCAACCUCUUAAACCCGGUUGAGUUACAUCAGCUAAUUUCUGAAGAAGAGGCUUUACCCUACCAAAAUGCCAUUGAGGCAAUUGAAUAUGCGAAGCCCUCCUUAUUUUCAAACGGCUCUCUGCUGCUUUAUGUACUCGCAAUCCCUAAGGUCAGAACAGAUGAAUUCCGCUUUCUGAUGACAAGAGCUGCGGUUCAUGCAGGUAUGAGGGUAGUGGCAAACUACACGAAAAUGUUGGUCAGCAAGGAAGAAACGUACGGCAUAAUAAGUGAAUGUCCUUCGAUCAAAAAUUCAACGAUCUGCGAGAUGAGCCAUCUGCAAAGAUUACCCGAAGAUGGAUGCCUGGCACGUCUAAUUAAGGGGGGUGAUGCUGAAUGCCACUUCGAACCUGAAAAUGGAGAAACUAUCGAAUUAAUUAGUGAAGGUACAUUAUUUCUAACCAACUUUCAGGGGACUGUUCGUAAUGAUAAUCGCAAGAGCGUCCUUAACGGCACGUUCCUCAUCCAGUUUAGCAAUGAGACAAUUUGGGUGAAGAACGAAACCUUUUCUAACAGAGCAUCGCAGAGCUCGCAGGUAUUGCCAGCAGCGGUUACCAACGUGAAAAGCCAAGGAUUUAAACCAAGUCUAGAAUACGUUCACGAGUUGAGCAUGACGAAUAUCAACCAUCUGGGCAAACUGGGCCAGAGAUUCCAUGUCUCUUUGGCUGUUGACGCUUUUUUUAUUUGCAUAUUGGCCGUGGUCUCCUACUGGAUUUGGAGAAAGAUAACAGCAAGCCUUGACCUCCCUCCGAUACGCCAACCUACCAUUCCGAUGCCUGUUGCUACCUACGCAAAGGAGACACCCGACGAUUCCCGGAAUACGCAUGUCAAUCUGCGGGACGCAGAUAUUUAGAGGGGGGGCAGUUAACACCACAGUUAACUCGCUCACCUGCAGCAGAAGCACACCCGUGUAUUGAAAUAUGCUGACAGUGCGUCUGCUUAAUGCAACGUGAUCCACACGCGCAUCCGGCAGACAGCAACUUCACCCGAAAUACACAACAUCGUGGGAACCGCUGUGUCAGCAGAGUUAGGGUAGGAAUAAGGCUAGUUUUAGUAUAAAAGGUUCUGAGUGUGCCGCCGCGCGGGCAGUCUUGAACCAGUGGGCUUUAAACGGUAAUCUUCAACCAGCUAAUAAUCAGGAAUACAAUAAAGUAAACUGUAAAACGCAUAGAACGGACAAUUAAUUCCAGGAUCCCGAAAGUAAGUAUAACUUAACGGGCCAAGUUGUUGGCCCGCAACUUUAAUUUUUUAAACGAUGUCCUGCGGGACACGUUAACUUGUAUUUAUUUAUAUUUAUUUUUCCUAUUUUCCAGAUUUUUUAUUUUUAGGGUUUUCUCCAUCUUUCAGAUUUUUCUCUAUCUUUCAGGUUUUCCUUUUAUCUUCUUUUUCAG